AAGGUGUAAACACCAUUGCUAAAGGUUAGUGCAAAUCCAGUCUUGGCCACCUCCUUUUUCCUAACAGCUUGUGGUUAGUCAUGUGAUAUACUAGUUCCAACAGACGGAAGCAACUGAAUAUCGCUUUGAAGAUAGAUAGUUAACAGUAAUAAAAUUUCACAUUUGGACUAAAGCAUUAACAUAAUAAGGACAUGUUCUUUAUUGGAGUGCCAAAUCCACCGGAUGUCCACUGAUUUAAGGUUGGAAAGAGAAUCCUGUGGAGUUUGAUUCUGUGUUUAAUGAAAGUAAAUACAAAUGGAGCUGGGGGAGCAAGGAUAUCUUGCCAAUGUUUGCAAAAAGGCGCAAGCGGGGAUCAUGUGUACACACACACACACAUACCCAGCUGAGGAUGAAGACUUUGCUGCAAAACAUGCUUCCAAACUCCACACGUGGGUCUUUGAUGACAUUAAGGACGUCCUCCCUGUGGACUAUGUGAACAGCACCAACCACUUCAAAGCCAAAAGCAUGUUUGCAAAUGCCAUUCAAAUUCAGGAGCAGUUGAAGGAAUUUGAAGAGGAAAAUGUACAUCAACAAUGGGACAAAUGACACCGUAGAAGAUAUGAUACAAAUGAAUAGCUCAAUCACACAAUUAAAUUAUGCCUUGGUAGCCAUCUACAGUGUCGCGCUAAUUGGUGGAGCAGCGGGAGUCAUUUUUAUGACCGUCUUCUUGUUGAACAGCAGCACAAAGCUUUCUGUCACCACAACCGCUAUCAUCAACCUUGUCUUGGUACACAGCGUGUUUCUAAUUUCUGUCCCAUUUCGCAUUGAGUACUUUGUCACAAAUGAGUGGAAGCAUUCGUUUCCCCUCUGCAAAUGGGUGAGCCUCUUCAUCCACUUCCAUUUAUACAUCUCCUUCAUUUUCUACAUUGCCAUCCUGGUUGUGCGCUUCCUAUUGUUCUUUGGAAAGAAUUUAAAUUUCUACAGGCCCCUCCACGCUCUUUUUGCCAGCUGCCUGGUGUGGGUGUUUGUCUCUGUCAGUAUUUUCCCACCACUCUUCAUUCAGUACGGCAAACACGGCAAUUACAGUACCAACAAGUGCUUUGAGUUUGGGAAAGAAAUUCAAAAUCCUUUUGUUGCUUUACUGAACUAUGUUAUUAUCACCAGUGUUUUGUUUACAGUGUUUGCAUUGCUUGCUUGCCAGUUGGUGAUCCUAGUGAAAGUUGCAAUGAAGAAUAAGACCGACUUGCUGUCCCGUCAAGAAUUCAGGGCUCAGUUGAAGAACUUGAGUUUUCUUAUGGUGAUAGUCAUCUGUUUCCUCCCAUACCACAUAUUCCGAUUCUACUACAUUCAACAUAGCCAAGACAAUGACCAUACAAACCAUUACAAUGAAAUCUGUUUGGCUAUCUCAUCUUUAUGUUGUUUUGACUUGCUGACAUUUAUAGCACAAGGCAGUUGAAGAAGCACUCAUGCUGUU